CAUGGGCAAAUUUUUUUUAAUAGCACUGCUAUUUUCAUUUCUAAUCUGUGGAGUGUGGCUAAAUUUUCUUCAAUUUCUUUGAUAGCAAGUCGUCCAAAUGUCGGGAUAAAAAGUGAAACAGAUUUUUAUCACAGCCCAAGCAAUUUUUACGAAGAAGAUAAAGGAUUCAAGUGAAGUUUUAAUGCAGUAUUUUUAGUGGUUUGUGCAGCAAGUUUCAGUGUAGCUUUUGCUAUUUUUCCGAGAUGUUUUAUUACCACGAAGACUUUGAAUCGCAAUAAUUGUAAAUAUUUGCCAAUUCUGCUAUUUGCUGUGUGCGAAAUUAUAGCCGAAGCAGUGUAAGGUGUGGGCCAGGAUGACGAUGAUAGACGGUGUUGGUGAUGAAGUUAUACAGUUUGUAGCUGUGGUACUAGUCAUCAUUGUAGCAGCCCUGGCCUGGUGGUCUACCAACGCUCGGCCAGAUCGAUACCGAACUGUGCUUGUUAUGCGCUCCAGAACACUUCAUCCGGUCACAGUUAGUAUUCGGACAAGAUCAAAUUUAAUGAUAACAGCAGCACCGACGUCCACGUCUAUACAAGCAUCCACAUCAGAUACCGCAAAUCCGAGUACUACGGAAGCGACUGAGGAAAACAACGCGCGUGUGAUCCCUCUCCAAGAGAUGGACAGCAUAGUGGACGCAGAUAUGGCCAUGUUGGACAACAACAGACUGCAUUUCUACAGAAGAGUCGAUUCUGCUAACAACACGCUGAGUGCAUCAGAGUCGACUAGUGACGAGGGCGAAGCGCACGAGGAAGUGGAGCCGGCCAGCAACGCUCAGAUCAGAGAGAUGGACAGCAUCGUCAGCGCUAUGGAAGCUGACGUCACUGCCGGCUGUGACUUCUUCACACGGGCCAGUGAAUCAAAUCCCUCAACAGUAAUCCCGACAGCAGUGAAAAAAGAGGACAAUAAAGAAAACACACCAUCCACAGCUAAUGUAGAGAAACAAUCAGGAACUGUGACGGAUAACGUACAACCGACAGAGGGCGGUGGCGACGACGCAAGUAACCAAAGGACGGAUAGAGAAAGAAUAUUGAUCAAAUUGAAAUAUUUGAACGAUACUUUGAAAGAGGUGGACGGAUGUCUUGAUGAGUUAUUGAAGGAUUUUAAAUGGCGACAUUUCUCCACGGAACUGACAGCUGAAUGUCGCGUGCGUUUGAUCUUCAACGGACGCGUACUAUUGGACGAUGCGGCCACGCUGCGAGCCUGUGGGCUACAUGACCGGGCCGUGGUUCACUGUCUAGUACAUCCUAAACGGGCUGCUAAUCAGCCACAUGGUAUGUCUGAUGAGAGUCCAGUGAACGCGACCCACGAGUUGAUCACAGACAGGCCGCAGCCUGAGCGAGCCUGGGACCUAGAGAAUAUUUUGAUGACGCUUGUCUCUGUUGCAUUAACCGUUGUCUGGUUCUUCAGGUGCGAAUAUUCAAACUUGUUUACGGCGAGUGCGAGCCUGGCGUUGUUUGGUCUGACAGUGUUCUACAGUGUCGCCAUCUUCGGGCUCUACCUGUCCGACACAUUCCACUUCGACCGGCGGCCCGCGCACCCCGUGCCCGAAAACUAGGCACUGCUCGGUAUUACUCGGUACUAGCAACCGCGACACGUGCCCCACUUGUCUAACAUUUGUAAAUUAUACAUAUGCCGCCUUUUCUACUACGUUCGUAGCGUUUGGGUUUAAGCGUAUGUGAGUAGCAUCGCGGCCAAUUGUCCAUGGACAAUAAAAACUAUUUUCUCGCAGUCUAUUUAUUUUUAAAUAUAAGAUGACGACAUUAGUGUAAGUUGGAGAAUAAAAGAGCAUUUUAAUUAUUCGGUCUACUCGUUACGUGUUUGAAUUCACGAUAAGCAUUUAUCGUAGAAAUAGAAACGAAGGGCUCCCUGCCUUUGUAUCAAACAUUUUGUAUUGUAGAGGAAUACAGUUUGUAAGUUAAAGGGGCGCCACUAUGCUACUCGCUACAGCUGUUUUAGAGCUCCAUAUAUGGAAGGUCAUAUCGCUGUAUUAUCGUUUAAAAUUUAUCAAUACCAAGCGCUUAUAUUUUAGUUGAAUAUUAUAAUUGGCUUAGCAAAACAGUCAUGUAUAUAAAAAUGUUAAAUAAACAUAGUAUAAUAAAUAAACAACUAGAAAAAUUAUAUAAUUUGUGAAUGUACACGAAAUUGUCUGCAAUAUUAAAUAUAUUAUUAUUCUAUACAAGUUUAAAUGUUAAUCAUAAAAUACUUCAUACCAAAAGUGUCACGGAAACUAAUUCGUUUUUAUCGUGUGCAUAAGGAGUAUGUUAUUCAAAAUUGAUUUUUUUAAUGUAAAUACAGCUGAAGGAGGUAAGUAUGAAUUUGUAAUUGUGAAAUACAGAAUCUGAUACUUAAUUCAUUUAAUGUUUCAUCUUCAUACAUUGCACAAACGAAACUAAAUAAAUGGAGACCUAAACGAUUUAAGUUCUUUGAUUGGUUGGACCGUCCAGACUUGUAUCUAAAAAACUGUACAAGCAAUUUUACUCAGGUAAUCUUGCAUUCCAAACAUAAUCUCUUAAUUUUAAAAAGCUGUGAUUGCAAAUAUAUUGGCUUAACUAUAUUAAUUUAGUGCACUUGUCAAUAUGUUUUAUUUAUCUCAGUCAAAGGCAUCUUGUGUUAAAAUAACAUGGUGUAACUGGUCUCAAAAUUGUAAAUAAAGCUUAGGUAUAAACAUUGUUUAUAUUUAUUUAGAAGUAAGUUCGGAUCUUUUUGUUUUAUUACUCUCAUCAACUACACAUCAAAAUAAUAUUUUUCUAACUUUAUAUUUCCUUUCAUUCUAUCAAACAUUUAGUAAUCAAGCUUAUAAAAUUCUAGUUACUUACUAUAUUAUUAUAUUUGGGUACCUAAUCGUUUUUUACGCUAAUAAACGUUUUAUUGUUAUUUACUUUUAAGGACAUAGAUAUAUUAAAAGUAAAUUUUAAUUG